AUGAGCACUCCCAGUGCAUCAACGGCCACGUCCCAGCCAACAACGGGUCAUAACUACUCGACCAAACGGCAUAUCCUGCACAGCACCAUGCAGAACGUUUUCAGCACCCCCAGCAACACCGCAGAAUGCUCAGAGGUCUGGAAGGCCACAAUCCAGGGCAUUGAUGUCGCCUGGCUCAAGGAGAGCGAACUUAGUGACAAGAAGCUGUUGACUCUCACUCGCCGUCAGUACCCUUCCCGCAUUACCGCGCCUCAUGGCAAGCGGGCCAAGGUGUCAGAGGCCGCGGCAGCCCUGUGUCGUAUCCUCCGCGUCGACAAGGGCCCUGGAGACACCCCCCAUGCCAAGUCUGGACGGCGCUACUGGAACUGGGACUUGGGUCGUCUCCUUUUCGGCGCCGAGUUUUGUGAGGUCUUUCGCGCUCUGGUCGACCACUGCGAGCAGACAAAGGACCCGUGGCUCAAGGCCAACCUCACUCGCCAAGCUCUUGACGUGACGGCCACCGGCUACAUCUUCCCGAGUUCGCCUCCCACCGUCAAGGAGUGCGAGUUCAUCACCGUGGCAAACAUUCUCCCCCUGGAGCACGCGGGCCCACCGCUGCUCAAGAUCAUUCACGACCUGCCCGUUGGAGAGAUUGACGAGAAGCGUGUCCACCUCGAGCCGUGGAACAUCUACGUCGCCAUUGCAAAGGGCAUGCAUGAUGACGGCGUGUGGUCCGACGAGGCUGUGGCAGCGGCCUUCUCCUUUGACCAUGACGCCAGGGUGCAUUCCAAGGUUCUUUACCGCGCCGACGCGGUCGAGCCCUUCCUCCCGGCUGUCAAGAGCGCAGCCAUAGAGAUGCCCAAGGAUCCCAGCGUGGCUCUUGCCCCCCGCGCCGUACCAUCUCAGCAUGUGCGAUACGAGCACAGGACCACCCAUUGGCCUUUGUCAAGGGCAAGUUGCUACCGCAAGCUCGUCGAUGAUGAUGCUGAGGUGGUGAUCCCCUUCUUCCGCAAGCUGAAGAUAACCAUCAACCGCCUCAAAUCCAACAAGGGCCUGACACUCGACCUCCUUGACGAAGAGUCCGAGGCCGUCAUCGGCAAGGUCAAUGGUGCUCUCGAGGACCUCGAGGUAGGUUUCACGAUGCAUGUCCGACAUGGCUGA